AUGGAUCAAGAACAGGUUCAAGGACAAUGGAGCGUCGAGGAGGAUGAAGCAUUGCGCAAGUUGGUGAACCCACACGGUGCUCGAAGCAGGUCUUUGAUAUCGAGGUCGAUCCCCGGACGUCAACCACGAUUGUGCAAUCAACUAUCACCGGACGUCGAGCUUCACGCUUUCACAUUGGAGGAAGACGGAGUCAUCAUGAGGGCGCGCGCCAAGUACGACAAUAGGUGGGAAACCAUUGCUAAGCUCCUCACCGGACGUACGGAUGAUGCCGUUAAGAAUCAUUGGAACUCGACGUUGAAGCGAAAGCUAUCAACGGUGGAAGACGGGGAUUCAAUUCAAGAAUCGGAGAAACGAUCGGCGAAAUCUCCAAGAACGGAGAGCCCUUCAGGUUCUGAAGCCAGCGAUUUGGGAUCAAACGUUACAGAGUCAAACAAGCACUUCGUUGCCAUUGAUGUUUCAACGGAGCUUACUCUCGGACGGUCAUGGAACGAAUUGUUCGAUGUCAAUAAUAUUAACUCAUCAAAGGAGAAGAACGAACACAAACAACCAUUUGUGGAAGAACAAGUCGGUGGAAUUAAGACAACGGAGGCAUCGCUUGCACCGACAGUGGCGGCGGCAAUUCAAGAGAUGAUCCAAAAAGAAGUGAGGGAUUACAUGGCCGAGUUUUCUGUUGAGAGCGAAAACGUGACGCAUUGCUGGGGUUAAAUGGCGGGAAAGUUUGAAAUC